AUGACUUCAACAACAUUUCAUUGUAUAUUUAGAUCGAUAUACAUUAGACAUUUAAUAUUCAAUCAUAUUAGUGAUAUAUCAAAACAAUUGAAUCAUCAUGAUGGUAAAGAACGACGAUCUUUAAAAGGAAGAGAUAUCAUCAAAUUACCCGAUCUUGGGAUGAUAUCAAGAUAUGCAAUGCCUUGGAACUUUCAAAGUCAUUAUCUACCUAAAGAUAUUCAUCAAAUACUACCAGAAAGAAGAAAAAGAGUGAUCAACCAAUACUGUCUUCAUCGUAAUGCAACGUUGGAUACACUUGAACAUCUAUUGGAAUGGUCGACUGUCAUUGGGUUUGAUUGGAAGUAUUUGAAAAGAACUAGUAUCGGUGAUAUGAGAAAUCAAGAGAUAUUGGAAUAUAUUAUCAAGAGAUGUCCUGCUGAUGGACAGAAUGACUUUUUGGUUUGGGCACUAAACAAUGCAUGUAUGAAUGGUUACCUAUCGACUGUAAAACUGAUAGACUCUUUUAAACUUUCACCUCUAAAUGGGAAGCCAAUGGAAACUGCUUGUUGUAAGGGAUUCAUCGACAUUGUAAAGUAUUUACACGAGAAUAGAACUGAACGAUGUAGUAUAAAGGCAAUGGAUAGUGCAGCAAUUGGUAACCAUUUAGAAGUUGUAAAGUUUCUUCAUUUUAAUAGAACUGAAGGUUGUUCAAAAGAUGCUUUGUAUUUUUCUUCGCAACAUGGUCAUUUCGAGGUUGUUAAAUUCUUACAUCAACAUCGUAGUGAAUUUACCGGUGCAACAACCGAUGCGAUAGAUAGGGCAGCUGAAAACGGCCACAUUGAUGUGGUAAAGUUUCUUCAUUUCAACAGAAGUGAAGGUGCAACCACCAAGGCUAUGGAUUUAGCAGCUCAAAAUGGACACAUUGAAAUUGUAAAGUUUCUUCAUUUCAACAGAAGUGAAGGUGCAACCACCAAGGCUAUGGAUUGGGCAUCAAAGAAUGGACACACUGAAAUUGUCAAAUUUUUACACUUUAAUCGUAGUGAAGGAUGCACUAGUAAAGCUUUGAUGUAUGCUUGUGAGCGAGGAAAUGAGAAUUUCAAUCAAGAAACACUACAAACUGCAUCAAUUCAUGGACAAUUUGAAAUUGUAAAGAUGAUUCUAUCCCAAUCCAUAGAUAAACUGGUAAAAUUAUCAAUUAAAAGUCUCUUUUUAAAAAUUAACAGUGAAACUGAUCAUUUUGAAGUUGGUCAAUUACUAGAGAAUCAUUUAAAACAACAAGAUAACCAAGAAGAAGAAUGCAAACAUGUUGGUACCAGAAAAAUAAACUAA